CGGAGGGACCGGAGCACACAAAAAGUAGCGCCAUACGCAACAAUCUCGUUUACUGGCGGGCAUGGCGGCAUAACAUUCGUUGUUUUACUGUCGAUCGCCGAAGCGGAGAAUCAUCGAGAUCAUCCAAAAAGCCUUUGAAUGGCUCCUCCCAAGACUAGAGGAGGGGCCACUCAGGCUCAAGGCAACAGUGCAAGGAUUCUCUUCUUUUCCGUUCUCCUUGCUCUUCAAUAUGGCGCUCAACCUUUGAUUUCUAAACGCUUCAUCAGCCGUGAAGUUAUCGUGACUUCAUCCGUUUUGUCAUGCGAGGCUGCAAAGGUUGUAUUUGCCCUGUACUUCAUGGCAAAAGAAGGUAGUAUGGGAAGAAUGUAUAAAGAAUGGACUUUGGUUGGUGCAUUGACUGCAUCAGGACUUCCUGCAGCUAUAUAUGCACUGCAAAAUAGUUUGUUGCAAAUUUCUUACAAGAAUCUUGAUUCACUCACAUUCUCAAUUCUGAAUCAGACAAAAAUAUUUUUCACUGCAUUAUUUACAUAUUUCAUGUUGAGGCAAAAACAAUCAAUUCAACAAAUGGGAGCCUUAUUCUUGCUAAUAGCUGCAGCAGUUUUACUAAGUGUUGGUGAAGGCUCUAACAAAGGUUCUACUGGUGCUAAUGCUGAUCAAGUUUUAUUCUAUGGAAUUAUUCCUGUAUUAAUUGCUUCAGUGCUCUCUGGACUAGCUUCUUCUCUGUGUCAAUGGGCUUCUCAGGUUAAGAAACACUCAUCAUACCUAAUGACUGUAGAAAUGUCUAUUGUUGGAAGUAUAUGCUUAAUUGCCAGUACUUUGAAAUCUCCCGAUGGGGAAGCUAUGAGACGACAUGGAUUUUUUCAUGGUUGGACUCCUCUAACUUGGAUCCCAGUAAUUUCCAACGCCCUUGGCGGAAUUCUCGUUGGUUUAGUUACAAGCUAUGCUGGCGGUGUUCGAAAGGGAUUUGUCAUUGUCUCGGCUUUACUUGUUACUGCAUUGUUGCAGUUCAUUUUUGAAGGAAAACCACCUUCUCUUUACUGCCUUGUGGCUCUUCCGCUAGUGGCCAGUAGCAUUUCAAUAUACCAGAAAUACCCCUACCAGAUUAAAAAGAAGGAAUCGUAAAAUCUGCCAGCAAUAGUGUAUGUAUGGGGAAGUUACUUAAUUAAUUCCCCACUGAAGCUCCUUUGUAUUUUAUCCACAAUAUAUAAGUAUCUUGUAAAUGGUAGAAGACUAGCAUUAUUUUCUUAUGUCUGCUCGAUCUCAAUAGAAAUAUGGUGUUACAUAGACUUUUUGUUCUUUUUUCUCUUUUUUACUAUUCUGGAACUUUAAAAUGAGUCGAAGUGGUUCAGUUUGAAAUUUAUUUUGCAGAAAACAAUGACUACAUACCGUUGUUGAGGAUGAAAUGUACUUAAAAACAAAUAUACUAGUAUGAUUUUAAUCUUUUUUCUUCAA